UCUCCAAAUAUACCCAAAACUAAAUAAAAAUUUGCAGAGGUAUGUAAAUUUCACCAUUACAACUGUUGCAGAAAAAUACAAAGAAAUUUGCAGAGAUAUACUUUUUCCUCAUGUCACUUCUAUCAUUUGGAACGGACAGAAAAAUAAUAAACCUCGAAUUUUAAGUAUCUUUACCGGGUCAACACAAAUUCCUCUUCCUACUCGGCCGUCCGAGAAUGGAUCGAGCGGUGUUAUGUCCUGAUUUGUUUAAUCAAAUGAGAAGAUAAAACAAUUUGAAUCAUUGUCUCCUGGUUUCAAUCUGUCUUAGUGAAGUAUCACAACCAGCAAAGUUAUAGAGACAGAAAUUGCCAUAAAAUUGUAAUGAGGGCAUCUGCAGAGCGGCCGACGCAGCUGCGUCUCUCUGUGCCCGCGCGUCCGCCGCUACGGGCGCCAUCUUCUUCUUCUUCUUCCUCCUCCUCCUCUUCCCUUCGACAUUACCCGUCAUUCCCUUAUACCCCAUCAUCAAAGCCCUUUCCUUUCAGCCCUGCCGCAACUCCGACCCCUUCCAAGCGACCAGGGGCCAAAGUAUGGCUGCCAUGGCUCUGCACGCUGCUUCAUCUGGCAUCUCUCUAUUGGCUCAAUACGACCACAUCACUGCAUCCAGUGACCUUCACCUUCCUGGCACUUCUACUGUCGGCAGUGCUCACAGCGAUGCAGCAGCAGCCGCCCCCAUGGAACCGCCCACUGACGGGCCUGCAGCGGGGCACGCUGGUGGUGGACGGUGCUGCGGUGGCUCUGCUCUUUUUCCUCCGCUUCGUGGGUUGCAGAGCUUGCGGUCCCAUGGAGGCCAUUCUUGCUGAAUUCGCCGGUGCCCUAGCUGGCAAAGCACUGCUUGGAAAGUCGGGAGAUCGCGGGAAACGAAUUAGGGGUUUAGUGGCUCUGGUGACCGGAUCUUUUCUUCUGUCGCGGGGAUGGGACCGCGCGGGUUGUUUUCCGGCGGGGAAUUAUGCUUCCGCUGCUGCGUUUUCAUGUGACCGACUGUUUCGGCUGGCAGUGCCGCUCGCGGCAGGAGUAAUGGCUUCGCUAGAGAAAUCUUGCGCCAAUCGGAGCUCAAUUCGUCAUCUUGGUAAGCGACGUAUACGCCUGAUUUCUCUGUCAAUUGCUGCCGCAAUUCUUUUUCCGUUUGCGGUUACUAGCUUCUUUCUCUGGGAUUGGAACCCUGGACCUGUUUAUAUUUCCUCGGGGGCAUUGGUUGGAAGUGUGGCGUUGGGCGUGGUGGCGUCCUUUUAUGGCGAAACUUACAGCGAAGAGAAACUCCUAGUGCCGCCUUUGUCGCCCAAGCCAUUUUUUAUGACUGUGUGCUGUUUGUGCGGCCUGGAGCUUGUUUUCGGCCUGGAGUUAUCACUUUUAGGGUUUUUGUUAUGUUCUUUCAUUCUGUGGAUUGCCGUCAGAGAUCUGGGAUCGCCCUCUAGCUGGAUGGCUUACUCGAUUCUCGAAUCAGAUCCCUCUGAUGCGUUUUUAUCCUUGGUGAAGAACCCGCUGCAUCAUAUUCUCAGCGAAAGAAAGUCGAGGAAAAUUGCAAUUUUCCUUUUAAUCAAUGCGGCAUUUAUGGUGGUUGAGUUUGUUUCUGGUUUUAUGAGUAACAGCCUGGGUCUUAUUUCAGACGCCUGCCAUAUGCUGUUUGAUUGUGCGGCCCUUGCGAUUGGACUGUAUGCAUCGUAUAUUUCUCGGCUUCCUGCAAACGGCAAGUUCAAUUAUGGGUAUGGGAGAUUUGAGGUUUUGUCUGGGUAUGUGAAUGCUGUGUUUUUGGUGCUUGUUGGCUCGCUUAUUGUGUUGGAGUCUCUGGAAAGGAUUUUGGAUCCGCAAGAAAUUUCUACAGAAAGCUUGCUGCUUGUUUCUGUUGGAGGGCUUCUAGUAAAUAUUGUGGGGUUGGUGUUUUUUCACGAGGAGCAUCAUCAUGCCCAUGUUGGCGGUAGCUGUUCUCAUUCUAAUGGAACUCACUCUCACACCCAUUCGCAUGAAACCCAUGACCAUGAUCACCAUUCUCAUGGUCAUAGCCACACCUGCACAAUUAAGACCGUUCCCUGCAGCGUGGAGGACAAGCAUUUUGUCAGUUGUGAGAAGAGUGGAUCAAAUUCCUCAAAUAAUUUCCGUGAAGAUCAUGACGUUCAUAAAGUAGGGCAUGCCAAUAUGCAAGAGGACCAUCCCAAAUCUCAUAUACAUACAGGCCACAAUCACGGGGAGGGGGAGAGUCACCAUCAAAGUUUGCAAGGUGACAAUUGUAAAGGGCAUGGUCAUAUUAACCAGGCCGAACAGAUCACCUGUGAGCAGCACCAACUAGUGGUGUCAUCACACAAACAUGAGGGCCACAGCCACCUUAGUGAACAUGAUCAUCAGAUUCAAAGUGACCAUGAUCAUUUGAAUAGAAAAGAAGGCUUAAUGCUGGACAAGCAAGCAAAAGAUGUGUGCGUAGCUCACCAUGAUGAACAGCAUCACAAUUGCAAACAUGAUCACGAUCAUGGACAUGCUCAUUCUGAUUCUCCUUCACAUUUGGGGCAUAGCCAUCCUCACUUGGAGGAUAGCCAUUCACAUAACCAUUCUCACUUGGAGGAUAGUCAUUCACAUGGCAAUUCUCAUUUGGAGCAUAGCUGUUCACACAGUAAUUCUCAUUUGGAGCACAGACAUUCGCAUAGCAAUUCUCAUUUGGAGCAUAAUCAUUCUCACUUGAAGCCUAGCCAGUCGCAUAGUGAUUCUCAUUUGGAGCAUAGCCAUUUGGCAGAAAAUCAUUCAUCCAAAGAGCAUCGUCAUAUUGAUCACAAUAUGGAGGGAAUUUUCUUGCAUGUACUUGCUGAUACCUUGGGGAGUGUAGGAGUGGUAGCUUCUACUCUUGUGAUAAAAUACAAAGGUUGGCUUAUAGCAGAUCCAGCCUGUUCGAUAUUCAUAUCCAUUUUGAUUAUUUCAUCUGUCAUUCCUCUGCUCAGGAACGCUGCUGAAAUCCUGUUGCAGAGAGUACCUAGAGUCAAUGAGCAUGACAUAAAGCAGGCGCUUAGAGAUAUACAGAGAAUACAAGGUGUCCAUGACUUCCAAAAUAUGCAUGUUUGGAGCUUCACAAACAAGGAAGUUGUAGGGACUCUUCAUCUUCACAUUUCAGCUGAAAGUGAUAAAUCUUCAAUUGGGACUCAAGUAACCCAAUUGCUACGUGAUGCUGGAAUCAAGGAUUCGACGCUUCAAAUGGAAUAUGCAGUAAAUUCAUAGGCAAUGGUUUCAAGCACAAUUUACUUCGGCUGUUCAGAAUUGAUCCGCUUCCUGGUAUCUUCAGAUCCAUAUUUAGAAACAUGGAAAUCUGGCUGAGCAAUCUUGCCAUUAGGUGUCUUGGAAGCACUCUGGAUGCUGACUUCAUAUGUAAACAACUAGCAGAGUUUCAUCAAUGGUUGAAUCAAAGCUGAUCUGUCACUGGCAGGUGGUUGGUAGCUAUGGGUUAUCUUAUUUUGAUUAAUUUUGCUUGGAAGUUACGGGAUGCAUUGACCUUCAAAGUACCAUUAAAGAGCAAGUCCCUAGAUUGUGCCAAAUAUUGUGCUGCUUUGCCAUACAACUGUCAAAAAAAUGGAUUGAUAGAUAGGUUUUUGCUUGAGCGGAUGACUGAUAACAGCCGAAUGAGCUUUUAUGUUUUGUUAAUUACCACUAUUUUAUAAACCAUCCAGUUCUUGUACAGGACUUAUGUGUGCUUUGACAAGUACCAUUAAAGAGCAAUGGCCUAUAUUGUGCCAAAUGUUGUGCUGAUCUGCACGUAUGGUUGUCAGAAAAAAAGAAUUGAUAGACAGGUUUUUGCUUGAGCUGAUGACUUAUAACAGCUGGAUGAGCUCUUACAUGUGCCCUGACAAAUCAUCUUUUAUAUUCUCCCAGGAAGAAACAUCAUCACUUGUUACAACAAUCA